GUAUUGUAUCAUCAGGAAGAGGGACUGUAGCGGUUCACAUUAGUUGUCAGCUGAAACUGAAAUAAUGCCGUUCAUUGAUUUGGAGACAAAUUUACCUGCAAGCAAGUUUUCAGAAGACUUUCUGAAAAGACUAUGUACUACAACGGCUGCAGCUUUGGGAAAACCAGAAGACAGGAUGAACCUUGUGGUAAAGGCCGACCUGCCGAUGUUGAUCGCGGGGUCCUGCUCCCCGUGUGUGAUGUUGUCCGUGUCUGCCAUCGGAGUGACUGAUACUGCUGAGAAGAAUAAGGAACACAGUGCCAAAAUAUUCCAGUUCCUGACAGGAGAGCUUGGGCUAACUGAUGACCGUAUUGUUAUCAGGUUCUACCCUCUGGAGCCAUGGCAGGUUGGGAAGAGAGGAACGGUGAUGAGCUUCUUAUAAGACUCUACAUUCUAUCUUUGAGAGUGAAUUGUUGUUAUAUGGUUGCAAUGUGGGAUUAAACUAGAUGGACCUGCUUUGUUGCUUGGUGGGUUCAAGAUCAGAAUUUAUGUCCAUGUGUAAACUGAUAUUAUACUAAUAUUAUACUAAUAUUUUGAAUUAAAAUCUUCAUAUUUUCCCUCAUUUGGUUUGAUUUGAUAAAUUAAAAACAACCAUAAAAUACAUCUAACAAGCAUUGCUCAUUAAUGUUUUUUAUAAAGAACAUCAUUGUCAUAGAUGUGAAUUAGACUUAAAGCUGAAGUAUGUAAUUUCUGUGACACUAGUGCCACCAAAUUAAAUUGCACAAAUACAGUUAUUGUUUUCAAAACAGCUUUCUUUUUGAAUAUGCCCCUCAUCUGCCAUUGAUAAAACAAAUAGAUAGUUCCGCCUCCAUUUCACACCAUUAAUUGAAUAAUGUUGUUUGGGCAGGUUGCUCAAAACAAACAGGAAUUUCCAUGGUGCCACAGAGACAGUGUUUACAGUUUUUGAGAACAUUAACCCAUGAAUGGAUUACCUAUAGUUGUCUUGCAUAUUAAGAUGGGAUAGAAGAAAGCAUUUUAACACUAAAAAAAGUUCAGCUUUAAAGUAGACAUCAAUCAAUCAAACACUUGGACAUUUUUUUUCUCCUCAAGAAAAUGUAUGAGAAAGGCUACGAUCCAGAGAUUUUUAAAGAGCUUUAGGCCACUGAAGUCACUGCACAGGCUAUUGCAAAUCAAUGGGCAACCUGGUGGUCCUGGGUCAUCACAUCUGGCUGAACCUCACAGAAAUACGUGAUGACAGCAAAAGCGCUCCUUACGAGCACAGCCCUAUGAAGUGGAAUGCAGAGCUUGCUGUUCCUUCUGAACCUGUCCUGAAAAAGGCUCAAUUAGAGACACACACUGCUGUUUGUCAGGAAAUAAAAAUGUUUGUUCAAAAUGUU